CCCCCUCUCUUAAAAGAAGUUCCACCACAGACACGCCUGUGUUCUUGCUUCCGCUUUGGGUGUCUGUUAGUCUUUUUCAAAACCAUCCUAAAGCAUGUUCAUUUAAAGCAAGACAUUGAUCCAGUAAUAAGUCUCUGUAUGGAUCAGCUCCAAUUGAUUUUUUCCCCCCAGUAAACUGGAUCUCCUUCACGGCAGAGUUUGGCCUUGGAUUCCUUCAACUUUUCUGAGAAUUAUUUGAAGAGGAUGACAGGGAUAGAAGACAAAACCACAUCCACCAGCAACGUCUUGACCGUCUUCUUCAUCCUGGUCUUCCUUGUUUGCCUCCUGGUCUGCCUGUACAAGUGGCUGAACCGCCAGACUAAUGGCCAGUACACAGUCCGCCAACUGGUCUAUAAGGAGGAUGGGGCCAGGGACCAUAUCAUGGGUUGGGUCAGAAUCCUGGAAGUGCGGCUUGGGCGCCGGCUGUGGCCUCUCGGCGAGGAUGAGGAGGCUGUAGGAGAGGAGGAAGACAGAAACGAAGAGAGGGAUGUGGAGAGAGGGAACGAGGGAAGGGAAAGUGAGGGGGAGGAGGAGGGGGAUGAGAGGGAAUGCGGAGGGGAUGACUCGUCGGAUGACUACUCCAGCAUGGAGGGCUGUGACCUGAGGGAGAGAGCGAAGCUCACGCACGAGAAGGAAGAGAUGAGAGAGCGUGAGGGGAAGAGAGAGGAGAAUAUGGAGGAAAAGUGGGAAAGCAAAGAGGAUGGAGAGAGUGAUGAGAGAGCAGUGGGAGGAGAAGAAAGUAGAGGAGGAGGUUUGCUGAUAGACCUGAAUCAGUUAUCUGGUAGUGCCAUCUGGUCUGAAGAUAGGAGUGAGGGAGGCAGAGACAAGGAUAAUGUGACUGCAUUGUGAGGGAAGGAUCAGAGAGGGAAAAUUGUUCCAUAUUUCUUUCCAUUUACAUUUGCAUUUACGUCAUUUAGCAGACGCUCUUAUCCAGAGCGACUUACAAAUUGGUGCAUUCACCUUAUAGCCAGUGGGACAACCACUUUACAAUGUUCAUCUUUGUACAGCAAUAGUGCUUGACAGUAGGCUUUGUCAUCAUCAUAAUCAUAAUUGUCAAUUGUAAACCUUACAAACCAGUGUUACAACCAGAUUACAACAAUCAGAGCAAAGAGCAACAGAGACAAAAGUGUGUGAAAGAAUACAUCAAAGUGAAUAAAGUGACUGACAAGAGCAACAAUUGCAGCAUGAAUACAUGAAACAAUAUGAAUGUAUUUGAGAUAUAAAAAGCUUUUUUAAGGGUUUCAUAUGAUAAAGAACAUGUUUUGGGUGCAACUGUUUUCUGCAUUAGUCUUGUUGCUGUGGGAUUAUUUGUAAUGUAUACAUUUGUGUUUUGUAUAUUUUAUGAAUAGCUAUUUAGGUAACGCCUUACUUUGUGCCAUAAUAUGUUCAAUGUCUGUUGAGCGUGAUUAUUUCGAUAGAAAAUAGUGAAUUGGAGCCUGUCCUGCCUGCCAGAGAGCCAUGGGCCGAACUUUUCAGUCACCCACCCAAACUCCAAUUAACGUUAAUUUACAUUAAUUUAGGACUACACGUUCAUACUCUGAUUAUUAUCCGAUAAAACGUAAAAUAUAAAAGUGUGCUUGUAUUGCAAUAAAGGGCCUAAUUCAAAUGAUUA